AUGAGCUGCCCCGAAUCUCAAAAGGCGGCGAGUGGGAAGAAUGCCAGUUCCCCGCCAAAACAAGUUAUCUUCAAGAAAAGUACCCGUGACAAAGCUGUAAGUACCUUCUCCUUUUUCUCCCACCCAAACAUACAACCAUCAAUGCUUUGUAGUUCAGUCAUGGUCAUCUUCUCCCUGCAGCUGACCAUUUAUCUGGGAAAGCGUGACUUCAUUGACCACAUAAGGAGUGUGGAGUCUGUAGAUGGUGUUGUAUUGGUGGACCCUGCACUUAUCAAGGGGAGAAAAGUGUACGUGACGCUGACCUGCGCUUUCCGCUACGGCCAGGAAGACAUUGAUGUGAUCGGCCUCACCUUCCGCAGGGACCUCUUCUUCUCUAGGGUCCAGGUGUACCCGCCUGCUGACAAGCCAGAGACGCUCUCCCACUUGCAGGAAUCUCUGUUAAAGAAGCUGGGCAAAAAUGCUUACCCCUUUCUUUUUACAUUUCCAGAUUACCUGCCUUGUUCAGUCUGCUUGCAGCCUGCACCUCGUGAUGUUGAUAAGACCUGCGGGGUGGACUUUGAGGUGAAGGCUUUCUCGACAGAGAACGUGGAAGAGAGGACUCACAAGAGGAGCUCAGCGCGCCUGUUGAUCCGUAAGGUACAGUAUGCUCCGGAAGAGCGGGGACCUCAACCGUGUGCGGAGACUACCUGGCAGUUCUUCAUGUCUAACAAGCCCUUGCACUUGAAAGCAUGCCUCAGUAAAGAGGUGUACUACCAUGGUGAGCCCAUUCCAGUCACUAUCACCGUCACCAACAGCACAGAGAAAACGGUCAAGAAGAUCAAAGUGACAGUGGAGCAGGUUGCCAAUGUCGUUUUGUACUCAAGUGACUACUAUACAAAAGUAGUAGCUGCAGAGGAAGCGCAGGAGAAGGUGCAGCCAAACAGCAGCCUCACCAAGACACUGACGCUUUUGCCCUUGCUAGCAAACAACCGGGCGACCCGAGAAAUAGCCCUGGAUGGAAAGCUAAAGGAUGAAGACACCAACUUGGCUUCUAGUACCAUCAUUAAGGAUGGAAUAGACAAGACGGUGAUGGGGAUUCUGGUUUCCUACAAGGUCAGAGUGAAGCUCACUGUCUCAGGCAUGCUGGGAGACUUCACCUCCAGUGAGGUGGGCACAGAGCUGCCAUUUCGUCUCAUGCACCCCAAACCUGAGGAUAAGAACACAACAGGGAAGGAUUGUGAAGCAGAGCUGGUAUUUGAGGAGUUUGCUCGUCAGCAGCUAAAAGAUAUGCUUGAUGAUGAAGAAAACAAGAAUGUUUCCUCAACUGAUGAGUGACUAGAAGAACAAACUGCCAGAGAAGCUAUGUAGUCCAGCAUCAAUUAAAAAUUUAGGACCUAGGUUUCUAGUAAACUGCAAGUUCUCGGUGUAUGCGUUUUGUCUCAGGGAUCAACCCUGAGAUCCA